CACAGAGUGGAAGGGCUGUGAAAGUGACGAAGGCUUGAUGUAGGGGGAUUUAAAGAAGGCUCGAGAAGUGUUUUAUUAUUUUAAAGUGUGGCACACCAAAGAUUUACAGAUACACAGCCAAAAUGCUCUGCCACGUUACUCGUCCGGACUCCGUUAUAAUGGAAGUGGAAGUUGAUGCGAAGGCGAACGGUGAGGACUGUCUGAAUAAGGUUUGCAGAAAGUUGGGCAUAAUUGAGGUAGACUACUUUGGGCUGCAGUUCACAGGCAGCAAAGGAGAGAACCUGUGGCUGAAUCUGAGGAACCGCAUCUGCCAGCAAAUGGAUAAUGUGACGCCGUGUCGACUGAGGCUGCGGGUCAAGUUUUUUGUGGAGCCCCAUCUCAUUCUGCAGGAACAGACGAGACACGUAUUCUUCAUGCAUGUGAAGGAAGACCUCCACAACGGGCACCUACGUAUGGGCUCCGAACAAGCGGAGGAGCUGAGCGCACUCCUGGCACAGGCCGAGUUUGGCGACUACAACCAAAACACAGCCAAGUACUGGUACUCAGAGCUGUGCGGAGAGGAGCCCAGCACUACCACUAUCAACAGCAUCAUAUCUAGACACAAAGCUCUGGAAGGUUUGAGCCAGGGCUCGGUGGAGUAUCAGGCCCUGCAGCUGGUCUCGUCUUUGGAGCAUUACGGCGUGGAGUGGCACUGGGCUCGCGACGCAAACGGGCAACGGCUGGCUAUAGGAGUCGGCCCUGAGGGGAUCGCCAUUUGCAAGGAGGAUUUCAGCUUAGUCAACAGAAUCAGCUAUCCAAUCAUUCAGAUCGCCACCCAGUCGGGGAAGAGUGUGUACUUGACGGUUACCAAGGACACAAGUGACAGCGUGGUGCUUUUGUUCAAGCUCAUCAGUAAUCGGGCUGCCAGUGGUCUGUACCGGGCCAUCACAGAGACCCACGCCUUCUACAGGUGUGACACAGUCACUAAUGCCGUCAUGAUGCAGUACAGCAGAGACUUCAAGGGCCACCUAGCUUCACUCUUCCUCAAUGAAAACAUCAACCUGGGCAAGAAGUACGUCUUCGACAUCCGACGCACCUCAAAGGAAGUGUACGACCACGCCCGCCGCGCCCUCUACAACUCCGGCGUGGUGGACCUGGUGCCUGGCAGUGGCGAGCGCUCCUCUCCUUCACGCUCCCCGAGCCGAGAUGACCAGCAGGAUGAGGGGCUGGACUGCGGCAGCUGCCAGCAGAGCCGAGCCUUGCAGGAGCGGCUUCAGAAGCUCAGAGAGGCUCUGCUGUGCAUGCUCUGCUGCGAGGAGGAGAUAGAUGCUGCAUUCUGCCCCUGCGGCCAUAUGGUGUGCUGCCAGACCUGCGCAAAUCAGCUGCAGUUGUGUCCUGUGUGUCGGUCAGACGUGGAGCACGUGCAGCACAUCUACCUGCCCACCUGCACCAGCCUGCUGAACCUGACACUGACCGACAACCACCAACACCGCAGCAGCAUCCCCGCACCCAUCCACAGAGAAAUGGCUUCUCCUCACAGCUGCUCUGCCACAGAGUACGAGCACAAGCUCUACCACACAUAAAGACGACUCCACCAAACUCCGUAAUGAACACUUUGACAUGUAAAACCAGCCAGAUCAAGGUUUCAUAAAGAAGGAACAUUUCUGGGCUGUCUGUGUUUCCUGCCUGGACUUAAUGAACUACCAAACUCCUGAAUCAAAGAUCGACACACUCGAACCACUCCCUCAACUAGUGUUUGUGUGUUAUAUUGUUAUUCACUUUUCGUCCCUUUGGACUGCCAGUUUGUCUGGUUGGUUCUCAGUAUUGUUGCUAUUGGUUUGCGUGUCAUUCUGUCCAAAUCGUGUUUGUUUUAAACGUCCCCUGCCACAAGAUUAUUUUAGAUUAGGCUCUUAAAUUAUUGCAUCAGUUGACCUGAUACAGAGUAGAAACAUUAUGUUUUUGAAUUUGUGUGUCAAAUAUUUUUCCUUGCUCCAUAUCAGUCUCCUAGCCCCAGAACCAUAUGAUGAGCGUUUGUGUUUUAGAAUAGCUAAACACUGUACAUAAUGGUUGAGUCUUUUUUUUUUUUCAUUUUUAAUGCUUCUUGACAUUUUAAAUCUUAUCUGUUUUUUUGAUUUGACAGCUGAAUUUUACAGUGUAAGAGAGUGAGAUGCAUUUUUUUAUAUUUUAUUUCUUGUUUUUCAUGUUCCAUGUUUUCCAUGCCAAUUAGGGGGGUAUUUAGAGGCUAAGCAGCACUGCUCUGGACCAAGCAUUGCAUACUAAUGAGACACACCAGGUGCUAAGGCCACACAUUUUGCUCUUCUGAUCUCUGGGUUAAAUGGGUUCCUGAAGGUUCCCACCAGAACUAUGACCUUGGAUGUGAAAUGCAGUAUCUUGUUGACACUCCUGCAACCUCCUUCACCUUGAAACGGGUUUUGUUGAUUAACUGCCACUUGUCCAAAACAACAAGCCCGCUUUCAUAGACUGAUGCACCUUUUACAUUUUUAUCUCCAUGCCAACAGAGAGUUGGGAAUUAGGAGCACAAAAUGCUCUUCUGCUAAACACAGAACCACAAGGCUAUAGACAAAGAAAAAUAGGAAUUUGUCCAGCAGCAGCUGCUUCCUCUGAAAACCUCAGCUAUAAAUUUCCGGGGUGUACUAGUGAGUUCCUUUUGAUAUUCUUAAAGGGUACUAGGAGAUCUGUCCGUGCAAUACUUGCUUGCUUUUUGAAAAAAAGCUUUUUCAUUUUCAAGUUUUAUUUAAUUUCAAAGACUAUAUUUAAGAAAAGAACAACAUUGUCACUUUACCAAGGAAGUUUUUCACACGUCUGUAGGGGGUUUGGCCUUAAUGUAGCAGCAACACCAUGUUUAUUAUAAACUUUCCACAGACGCUUUUUCUGGUAAGAAAAGGAAAACUUUGAUUUCUUUAACGCUGACUCGAUUAAGCUCAGUCGCUGCAGGGGAAGGACUUUUAUUUUUCACAUUGUACAAGUAGCGAUUUGUUUCUGUUUUAUGAAGCAAAAGCCACUACGCUCUGUAAAAUAACUCUGAAUUAAAUCCUUUUUUAUAUAUUCUGUUUUUAACAAAAGAGAAAGUAUUAAUAAAGUUGUUUUUUAAAAACAUA